CUAUCACUCAGUGCACGCUCGACGUCACCCACAAACACACCUUCUCUGCAACAACGAAAACAGCGAUCAUCAAGUCAUGCCCGAGCAUAGAGACAGAUCACACUCCAGCCACUACUACCUUCCUCAUCUCACGCAAGUACCCCCAUCAGUCUAUAACAGCACACACACUCCACCGGGCACACCAUCACCACCGGGACAGACCCAGACCUCACUGGCCAAUCAUCACCCGAUAGACGGCAGGCGACGAACGCCUAGCCCACUUCCCCUAGAGUCCACUAUGAAUUCGACUCUACAGGCAGGAGCUGCCGCCGCUGCUGCUGCAGCAGCCGCGGCUGCAGGCGGCGACCAGUCCGUUCGCCGAUACAGAACGGCCUUCACCCGUGAUCAACUGACUCGCCUGGAGAAGGAAUUCUUCAAGGAGAGCUACGUCUCCAGGCCGCGAAGAUGCGAACUCGCAGCCGAGCUUAAUCUUCCAGAAGCCACAAUCAAGGUGUGGUUCCAAAACAGGCGCAUGAAAGACAAGCGCCAACGCGUCGCCUUCACGUGGCCCUUUGCCAUGGUCGACCCGAGCCUGGCUGCUAGCUUCCUGCACCAAAUGGCAGUGAACAGCCCCGCCGCUUACUCGCCAUACGGGUAUUACAGCAACCCACUGCGCUACGCACCCUACCCAAUGCGGCCACAGCCGACCAGCCCUAGCAUGCUGGCCAGCAGCGCCCCGAUGCUCGGUUCUUUCCUCAGGGUGCCGACCCUGACGCCGCCUGGCGACGUGGCCUUUUGCAGCCACACCGAUCCGUUGACAUGCCGUUGCGCCAGUAGGCUGACUUCCUUCCCCUCCAGCCUGCGAAUUCCGUCCCAACGGCAGGAGGACAGAACCGACUCGCCCAGUAGCUCCCUCGGCAGCCCCAGCAGCCCUCAGCAGACCAUCACCGCCACGACGUCCACGCGAACGCAUCAACUCUUUCAGCCGUACAAGUCGGACAACUCCAACUGAAAUGUUAGCUGAUAGAUUAUCAUACCCAGGGAACGUGUUAAUUUUUUUAACCAUUCACCCCUCGCAUUUCAUCAAAAUUUUAUUUAUAACGCUAAAAGCAAUAAAAAAUCAAAUCCAUGCACAUCACCAACAGCUCGCAUACGCUUCUUUCACACCACGUUCCUUGCAGUUUGAAAUUCACAAUAGGAUUAGUUAAUAUAUUUGUAGGUUUAUUAUACGGAUGAUUUCAAUUUUUUUUAUUCUUUAUUAUGGUCUAACCCAUCAAUAAUUUUAUUCGUUCCGAAGUGGAUUAAUUUUAAAAUUGUUCCUGUUUAACUGGUAAAUCCAACUUAACUUAAUUUAAUUAUAAAUCAAAUUUAAUUCAUUUUUAAAGAAAUUUAAAGAAGGAUUUCAUUUCCUCUCAUUACGGUAAAGUUCCAAAUAGACAGUUUCCAAUAAAAUGUUUUCGUUCAUCUCAUAAUGGAACAAUUUUUAAAUCCUAUCUCACUAAAUGGAAAAUGGGUCUGAACUGAAUGGUAGUAUAUUUAAACGUUUUACGUUUAUUCGAAUUUGUUGACCUUAGGUUAACGUUUAAGCUAUAUAUGUUGAGCAAGUGUUUCUAUAUUUGGCGUACACUGCUCCUUCUAUGUCAAAUCGGCCCAGGUGUCAUUUGUGCUCUUUUCCAGUUCCAACUGAUAAACUGGAAAAUGGGGUCAAUGACUCAUUUAAGAAACGCAUUGCGUGGAUCAAAAAUAGAUAGUUGACGCAUUCCUGAGGGAAUAGCUAUAUAAGAUUGGUGCAGGGUUGAUUGGGGGUCGGAGCGGCGUUACCUGCUUCUUUUAUAUGAGUUUUUGAACAAUUUCUGUUGCUCAAAUGU